CCCAGGCUACAAAGACCAACUACAACUCCCAGCAGGUCUUUGUGUUUUCCCUUCAAUGUUGUGAAUAUGUAUCAGAAUGUUAAUGAUUUGCUGCUGCUAAAUUUGGUCAUAGAAGUCACCUACACAGAGCGUGUUGUUGGAGCUGCUGAGAAGCGGUAGCUUAGGGUUGUGUUUUUUUUUUUCUUUUCCUUCCUUCUUACAUCGUCUUGAACGUUCUGUCUUCUUCCUCAUCAAAGUGUGCGGCUUCCGAACGUUCGAAGAAGAGUUAAAAGAAUCGAACGAUCAAGGUUAUUUCAUCGAGGAAUGGAAAGAAGGAAAUGGGGAAGGAAUGAAAAUAAAUAGACCACACUGGGAUUUUAAGGGUUGCAAAGAGCAGACGAGGCAAUAAAAAAACAACUCAAAUAAAGAACAAAUCUGCACGCUAAAACCUUCGAGAUCUGGGGGAUCGUUCACAGAGGAAAAAAAGGAAACCGAUCUACACGGGAACAACUUAUUGUUACAGUGUUUUAUCCGGAAAAAGAAGAUCGGGGAGACAUAUCUAUGGUGGUUCCUGUUUUUUUCUUUCUUGUUCCAUCCUACUCAUCAGAAAGUUCUUUAAAAGCAGCCGCUUUGUUCUCCAGGAAGCCAAGUGUAUUUUUUUUUCUUUUUUAUUAUUAUUGAAACCUAAUUCGUUUUUUAUUUACUGGCUCUACUUGAUUAUUCCUGUUUCCUCGUGGGGGUAUCCAGCUUGUGUUGAUUUAUAUUUCCACCUCUUCCCUGUGACAGUGGCCACCCCCGGAGGGUAAGGGUGUCACGGAGCGUCACUGUGUGUAGACAAUGAGAGUUCGAUCGUGACUAUCGAUCGCGAUCUGUGCCCUCUCCUCCCCCCCGUGGAAUGUGGAAGGUUUCGGUCGGUGGAUCAGAGAUACCUUCGGGCUGAGCAGCAGCAGCGCCAUUAGCAUUACUAUUAACAGGGGGACCCCGGGGGCAGCAGCGUUAUUAGCUGGAUCACAAGCUAAAACUCUUCCCACCCCCUCCUCUUCUCCACCUCCCUUUCCUUUACCCUGUUCACCAGGGGGAUACCCCCCUCUCCUCUCACGUGGGCUCCUGCAAUUAGUAAAUGAACCUUCGUGCUCCUUGGAAGAGGUACCGAACAAGCGGCUUGGAUGAUUCGAGACUUGAGCAAGAUGUAUCCCCAGUCCAGGCACCCGGCUCCGCAUCAGCCAGCUCAGCCCUUCAAAUUCACCAUAUCCGAAUCGUGUGAUCGGAUUAAGGAGGAGUUCCAGUUUUUACAGGCUCAGUACCACAGCUUAAAGCUGGAAUGUGAAAAGCUGGCCAGUGAGAAGACAGAAAUGCAGCGGCAUUAUGUUAUGUACUAUGAGAUGUCGUAUGGCCUGAACAUUGAGAUGCAUAAACAGGCUGAAAUUGUCAAGAGACUAAAUGCUAUAUGUGCACAGGUCAUUCCUUUCUUGUCCCAAGAGCACCAACAGCAAGUUGUACAGGCUGUGGAACGUGCCAAACAAGUGACAAUGGCAGAAUUGAAUGCAAUCAUUGGGCAGCAACAACUCCAGGCACAGCAUUUGUCUCAUGGGCAUGGUCUCCCUGUGCCUCUGACCCCACAUCCUUCUGGUCUGCAACCUCCAGCCAUUCCUCCAAUUGGUAGCAGUGCAGGAUUGCUUGCCCUAUCCAGUGCCCUUGGUGGACAAUCCCACCUUCCAAUAAAGGAUGAAAAAAAGCAUCACGACAGUGAUCAUCAAAGAGACAGAGAUUCCAUCAAGAGUUCUUCGGUAUCUCCAUCUGCAAGUUUCAGGACUUCAGAAAAACACAGAAAUUCAACAGAUUAUUCUUCCGACAGCAAAAAGCAGAAGACGGAAGAAAAAGACAUAGCAGCUCGUUACGACAGUGAUGGUGAAAAAAGUGAUGAUAACCUGGUGGUGGAUGUUUCCAAUGAGGAUCCCUCCUCACCCAGAGGAAGCCCUGCCCAUUCUCCUAGGGAGAACGGUUUGGAUAAAGCCAGGCUACUAAAGAAAGAUGCUCCUAUCAGCCCGGCCUCCAUUGCAUCUUCAAGCAGUACACCUUCUUCUAAGUCCAAAGAACUCAGCCUUAAUGAGAAGUCUACUACUCCAGUUUCAAAGUCAAGCACACCCACUCCACGAACUGAUGCCCCUACGCCUGGCAGCAACUCUACAGGAUUGCGGCCUGUGCCAGGCAAACCACCAGGAGUUGAUCCAUUAACUCAUAUCUCUUAUCUUCUAGCAGCAGGUCUUAGGACACCUAUGGCAGUCCCAUGUCCUUAUCCCACCCCAUUUGGAAUUGUACCACAUGCGGGAAUGAAUGGAGAGCUGACCAGCCCAGGGGCAGCAUACGCCAGUCUUCACAAUAUCUCCCCACAAAUGAGUGCCGCCGCAGCCGCCGCCGCUGCAGCCGCUGCUUAUGGAAGAUCUCCAGUGGUUGGUUUUGAUCCACAUCAUCAUAUGCGGGUCCCAGGCAUGCCUCCAAAUCUGACAGGCAUCCCUGGUGGCAAACCGGCCUAUUCAUUCCAUGUAAGUGCUGAUGGCCAAAUGCAGCCUGUCCCAUUCCCUCCUGAUGCUCUGAUUGGUCCAGGAAUUCCUCGGCACGCGCGGCAGAUAAACACACUAAAUCAUGGAGAAGUUGUGUGUGCAGUUACCAUCAGCAACCCCACGAGACAUGUGUACACUGGUGGGAAGGGAUGUGUCAAAGUCUGGGACAUCAGCCACCCAGGAAAUAAAAGCCCUGUGUCACAGCUUGAUUGCUUGAACAGAGAUAACUACAUCCGCUCCUGCAGAUUGCUCCCUGAUGGGCGCACUCUUAUUGUCGGAGGUGAAGCCAGCACUCUAUCCAUUUGGGACCUGGCAGCUCCUACCCCUCGUAUAAAAGCAGAGUUGACAUCAUCUGCUCCAGCCUGCUAUGCUCUGGCUAUCAGCCCCGAUUCCAAGGUCUGCUUCUCCUGUUGUAGUGAUGGCAACAUUGCAGUGUGGGAUUUACAUAACCAGACUCUUGUAAGGCAAUUCCAGGGCCACACAGAUGGAGCCAGCUGUAUUGACAUUUCUAAUGAUGGUACCAAGCUCUGGACAGGAGGUUUGGACAACACAGUACGCUCUUGGGAUCUGCGCGAAGGACGACAGCUCCAGCAACAUGACUUUACAUCACAGAUCUUUUCAUUGGGUUACUGUCCUACUGGUGAGUGGCUAGCUGUCGGUAUGGAGAACAGCAACGUGGAGGUUCUUCACGUAACCAAACCAGAUAAAUACCAGCUACACCUCCAUGAAAGCUGUGUACUUUCUCUCAAAUUCGCCCACUGUGGUAAAUGGUUUGUGAGCACUGGAAAGGAUAAUCUACUAAAUGCAUGGAGGACACCUUAUGGGGCAAGCAUAUUCCAGUCCAAAGAAUCCUCAUCCGUACUGAGCUGUGAUAUCUCCGUGGAUGACAAGUACAUUGUCACAGGAUCCGGAGACAAGAAGGCUACCGUUUAUGAAGUUAUUUAUUAGAGACAAAGUCCGAAUGCCAACUGGACGCUAACGUGUAGCACUUACUAUAAAAGUUCUCCUUUCACCCUCAACUCCUAAAACAAAGGACUUGAAAUCACAACCACAAGAAAUAAAACUGCUCUUUUUCUCUUUGCCAUAUUCGCGCCCAGUUACCCUUUGUGAAUGCUUUCUAGGAACUCGAUACCAAAACUUCCAAUAAUUCACUUGGAAUACAAAUGGAAAGAGUGUUCUUAUCUUUGGACUAUGUUCUUAAAUUCUGUAUUAUAGUUGUAAUUAUUUUGUGUAAAGAAGACUUUCUAACCAAUUAAUUUGCUCAGCGGCCAUGGAAAUGAAGGUAAGCGACUGCUCAUUCAUUUUGCUACAUGGUUUUUCAAAGAAAUAUUUUGUUAACUUUUC